AUGCCGAAGUCCGCGGCCGCGAAGGCGUCGGAGAAGAGGCGCAUCGCUCGCCAACGGGCGGAGGCCCGCGCCGGCGGCGGGGGAGGAGGAGGAGGAGGAGGAGGAGGAGGAGGACUCGGCGUGAACCGAGGCGGCGCCGGGAAACGAAACAGCGCGCGGGGAUUCAGCUCGAGCGAGCGCGCGGCCUUCACGGGAUCUUCGAGCAAGCGCGCGCGCGGCGGCGGCGGCGGCGGCGGCGGCGGCUCUCGCGGCGGCGGCGGCCACGGCCACCGCCCGAAGAAGCAGAAGAAACCCAAGGCGGACCGGACCAACUACUCCAAGAAGGUGAGGAAGGCGAUCGAGCACGACGGCGACGUCCCCGGGGCGUACGAGCUCUUCCUCGCCGCUCGAGACGCGCACGACGCCGUGCCGUUCAACCACAACCCGGGGCCGAUGCUCAAGACGGACGCGUUUCACGUGUUGAUCCUGGGCUUGAUGCGCGCGACGCACGUCGAUCACGCGGUGCACGUCGCCAAGGCGAUGCGAGAGACGGGCGCGCCGAUGCCGCUGAAGCUGCUGUCGCAGAUGAUCGCGUCGCUGCCGUGCCGCGUGUCCGGCGCCGUCGCCGUCGAGCUCGUGAACGCGCUCGGUCCCGUGGUGUCCGGUCUGGACGCGCACUCGCGAGGGUACGUGAACACGUACUACCGGCUCCUCGCGAUGGAGUUUUGCGAGGAGAGCGCGAGCUAUCUGAGUCGCAUACGGAGCGCGCCGGGAGACGCGAUGGAACGCGGCGGGAGCGCGAUGCUGGACCUUCACGCGUCCGUCAACGGGAAGAAAGCGGGGGAGAUUUUCUUGCGCGGGCCGCGCGAGUACCCCGCGCUGAGGCCGGAGGAGGGGCGGAGGGUCAUGGGGAAGAACGACUCGGUGUUGAUCUCGCGGCUGAAGAAGUGGACGGAAUCUACGAAUCGCGGCCUCGGCGGCGGCGGCGGCGCGUACGGCAGUUCCGGGGGGCUCUCCGGCAUGGGACGCGGCGGUUCCGCGGCGGAUCUGCGCGCGCCGGCGCCGGGGUCCGCGGAGGCGGCGGAGGCGGCCGCGAGCGCCGCCGCCGUGGUGGCCAACGGCGACGCGGACGCGAGCCGUGAAGAGAUGAUCGAGUACGAGGGCGAAAUCGUCUCCACGGAACUCGAUAACCGCGGGUUGCGCGUGAAGAUCAUCGGCGGCGGGCACAAGGACAUCAGCGGCGGCGGGUGGCGCGUGGAUAAGCUCGCGAACAGGGUGACGUUUCGCAGGCAAGUCGAGGCGAUACGCGCGUUACUGAACGUGGACACGCACUGCGCGGCCAACCCGAAAAACGCGGAGAAAUCGUCGCUCACGGAUCCGUGCUUCCGGCAGAUCCUCACCGCGGGGUUCGACGUCCUCGCGAAGGCGGAUUACGUCCAGAAAGCCGCCGCGGCGAGGCAGAGAGAGUACGACGACUCCGAUUCCGAUUCAGGGGAGAUGUCGGACGGCGGGGACCGCGGCGGCGGGGACUACCGCGACUACCGCGAAGGCGACGACCACGAAAUUUACGAAGCCUUCGGGGCGAUAUCCGCCGCGGACGUCCCGCUCGCGUGCGACGAGCGCGCGAGCGGUCUCAUCCCUGACCGCGCGGAGAAGUUCGCGAAAGACUUCGCCUCCGGCGCGGUCGACCCGAUCGCGAAGUCGCUGAACGAGUCGCAACGAAACGCGUUGCGCUCGGCGUUGACGAACCGCCUGACGCUCGUGCAAGGCCCUCCCGGCACGGGCAAGACGUACACCUCCGUCGCCAUCGUGAAAGGCCUCCUCGCGAUGAACCGCGGCCCGGUGCUGUGCACGAGCGACAGCAACACCGCGGUGGAUAACUUAGUGCAAGGGAUGGCGGACGCGCGGAUGCGCGUGGUUCGCGUCGGGCGAUCGGAAGCCGUGCGUCCGGAGCUUCUGAAGUACGUCUUGGAGCGAAUGUUCAACGACAGGACCGGCCCGGAGCGGAGCCUCGCGCAGCAGCGCGCGCUUCGGCAGGCGGACGUCGUGUGCUGCACGUGCUCCGGCGCCGGGAGCGACAUGCUCGAGAAGUUUAACUUCUCCGCGGUGCUCCUCGACGAGGCGAGUCAGGUCACGGAGCCGUCGAGCCUCGUGCCGCUCUCGAAAGGGUGCCAUCAGCUGGUCCUGGUGGGCGAUCACAAGCAGCUGCCGCCGACGGUGACGUGCCGCGACGCCGGGAACGCGGGCCUCUCGACGUCGCUGUUCGACCGCCUCGCGAACAUGGGGGUGAAACCGAAGCUGUUGGACGUGCAGUUCCGCAUGCACCCGGCGCUGUCGCGGUUCCCCUCGGACGCGUUUUACGACGGCCGCGUCAAGUCGGGAACGCUCGCGAGGGAUCGACCGGCGCCCUCCGGGUUCGCGUGGCCGAACGCCGGCGUCCCGAUCGCGUUCGUGCCCGUGGGCGUCCCCGGCGUUUCCGGGGCUUACGGCGGCCACGAGCGGCGAGAGGGGAACGGCAGCUUCGUGAACCAGAGAGAGGCGGACGUCGUCGUCGACGUGUUAUCGCGGCUGCUUCGCGCCGGCGGCGGCGAGCUCGAGCCGCGCGACGUCGGCGUCGUGACCCCGUACGCGGCGCAGGUGCGUCACAUACGACGGCAGCUUCGCAACCGCGGGAUCCAGACCGGGAUCGAUCGCGAGACGGGGAAGCCCGGCGUGGAGGUGAGCUCCGUCGACGGGUACCAAGGCCGCGAGAAAGAGGUCAUGGUCGUGUCCACGGUGAGGUCCAACGACAGAGGGACGAUGGGAUUCGUCUCCGACGCGCGGCGGUGUAACGUCACGCUGACGCGAGCGAAGCGCGGCGUCGUCGUGUGCGGCGACCCUAACACGCUCGCGAGCGAUCACGUCACGUGGGGGCGGUGGCUGCGCUGGGCCGCCGCGGGAGGGCUGGUGAUCGGCGCGCCGGGCGACCCGGCGGAGGUGAUGAAGCUGAGGACGAUGGACGCGGACUUCGCGGGGCCGCAGCCGGCGGCGGCGCCGCCGCCGAGAGCGAACGCGCCCGUCGCCGUCGCCCCCCAGACGAUCGCGCCGCCGCCGCCGCCGCCGCGGAUAGUUCCCGUCGGACCCGCUCCUCCGCCGCCGCCGCCGCCGCCGCGGAUAGUUCCCGUCGGACCCGCUCCUCCGCCGCCGCCGCCGCGACAAGUGGCGGCGGCGGUGAACGCGGCGCCGACGCUGAGAGAAGCAGCGGAGGCGGCCAGGGCGGCGGCGGCGGCGAGAGCGGCGGCGGCGCCGGUCGCGCCGCCGCCGCCGCCGCCGCCGCACUAG